AUGUCCGCGAUGCUGUCGGCCCUCGAAGAGAAGGCGCAGGUGCUGCGAGUUGCUGUCGAGAGCAGCCACAUCGAUGAAGCGACGGCGCUGCUUGCACAGCUAAAGAUUGCAUUGACGACGCUACCUGCACUGUCGUUAAGUGAUACUGGCUCUGCUACAGCGCAGCAAGAACUCGAGCUAGCGCGUCACGUGCUGGAAAGCGCGACGCUGUUGAGUAUCUUGUGUGAAGACAUGACUGCGUAUGAGCGCAGCGUGCUCCAACUCAAGGUCUACUACAGCAGUGGACUACACCCGUCAGCUCUGCAUUACCCGAUCUUGGGGACUCGACUGCUGCAAUUGUUGGUCGAGAACCGUAUGGCAGAGUUCCAUAACGAGCUUGAGCUGUUGCCUGAACCGAGUCGGGAGGACCCGAAUGUUGCGUUCGCUAUUAAGCUGGAGCAGUACUUGAUGGAAGGCACGUACAACAAGGUGCUGGAAGCGCGCACGCACGUGCCGAAUCCGUACUUUGCGUUUUUCCUGUCACAACUGCUCCAAGCAGUGCGUGAGAACAUUGCCGACUGUGCCGAAGUCGCGUAUCAGUGUCUCACGUUGGCUGACGCUCAAAAGAUGCUCAUUUUUGACUCGGCUGCUGAGCUUGGUGCGUACAUUCAAGAUGAAAGGACCGAGUGGGUGGUGCGGGAAGGUCGUGUGUGGUUCAAGGCGCCAGAGAAAUCGCUGAGUGCUUCGGAUAUUCCGUCGCUGAGAUUAGUUGGCGAGACGCUGGCGUACGCGACGGAACUGGACCGUAUCGUAUAG